AUGGUGUCAGGACAAGUGGAGCUGGAGUUGGUGAAAGAGUGCGACGCGCAGACCCUGUCCAUAAAGUUCAAGGGGAAAGCAGAAGUUCUGUGGACCGAGCGCCACGGACAGACCACCGUAGUGUACCACUCCAAGAACAAGUAUUUCAGCAUCAAGCAUCACUUCUUCACAGACAAAGACAAGUCAGAGUGUGAUGAUAGGGAAAGACUUCAAGUGGGAGACAACCCAUCGUUUGAUAAUAAUGUUCUUCCACCUGGCAUCCAUAUAUACCCGUUCACUUUUCAGUUUCCCAUGCAGCACACACCCUCCUCCUUCCACGCUAACACUGGUAAAAUUGUGUAUUUACUUGAAGCCAAGUUGAGUCGAUCAAUGAGGAUUCCCAAGAAAGAUACGACAAAGCUCAACUAUGUGACACAAGACACCAUGGACAACAAUCCGGAACUCAGGGUGCCACAACAUGAGACAAAAGACAAGAAACUAAAACUUCUGAACUCCGGUACGGUCUCUAUGGAUGUAGAUAUUGAUAAAGUCGGGUACUAUCAAGGGGAGAGCAUUCAAGUCUUUGCUACCAUUCAAAACAACUCCUCUCGAGAUAUCCGGCCCAAGUUUUGUCUUUACAGUAAGCAAAGCUUUUUUGCAAGAGGCAAGAGAAGACUUCUCACCAAAGACCUGGUCAAAGAGGUGGGGGAACCCAUCCUUCCGUCCAGCAGCAAAAAGGUCACCCAGCUUGUCAGCAUCCCCUCCGACAUGGAGCCCUCCAUCCAUAACUGUGACAUCCUCAGAGUGGAGCACAGGCUGAGGGUCUACCUGGAUAUUAAAUAUGCUUCAGACCCAAAAAUCAAAUUACCCAUUGUGAUUCUGCGUGCUCAGCCCGUCUGUGGCAAUGCUCCACCUCCAGCUGCUUCAGACUUUGGAGUUGGAGCCUAUGGAAAUGCUCAGCCUCCAAUUUAUUGCCCCAUGCCCUACGCCCCACAAGGACCACAAUAUAUCCCUCCACAGCCAGGGGCCACGACUCCUCUUUCAGCUCCAGCAGUAAACCCCUCGGACCCCCCUCCUCCAUAUACAGCUUAUGGACUGUACCCUACUCUACCACAGUAUGACACCAAGCCUUAG